UAUCUUAUCACCAAACAAAAACAUUCAAAUCUCAUAACACAUUAAUAAAUAAAAUUCUCUUGAGAGACAAUAAUAAGGAGAAUGACACUUCUUCACUUGUCUCUCUCCCUAUUCUCAUGUCUCCUCCUUGUCCUAGGUCCGACCUUCAUCGACUCUGCUCAUGUCUCCGACCCCGAACUAGUAGUUCAAGAAGUAAACCAGAAGAUUAAUGCGUCUAGGAGGAAUCUUGGUGUCCUCUCAUGUGGGACAGGAAACCCUAUCGAUGAUUGUUGGAGAUGCGACAAGAAAUGGGAGAAGAACCGACAACGACUAGCUGAUUGUGCCAUUGGAUUUGGUAAACACGCAAUAGGCGGCCGUGACGGCAAAAUCUACGUGGUGACCGACCCUAGCGACAAAGACGUGGUUAACCCUAAACCGGGAACCCUAAGACACGCAGUGAUCCAAGACGAGCCGCUAUGGAUCAUCUUUGCACGUGACAUGGUCAUAAAACUGAAAGAAGAACUGCUCAUGAACUCGUUCAAGACCAUUGACGGCCGUGGAGCGAACGUCCAUAUCGCCGGUGGCGCGUGCAUCACUGCCCAGUACGUGACCAACAUCAUCAUCCACGGCAUCAACAUCCACGACUGCAAGAAGAGAGGGAAUGCUUACGUCAGAGAUUCUCCGUCGCAUUACGGGUGGAGGACGGCAUCUGACGGUGACGCUAUCUCGAUUUUCGGAGGGUCCCACGUGUGGGUUGACCACUGCUCGUUGUCUAACUGCGCGGACGGUCUGGUCGACGCCAUUCAUGGAUCUACGGCUAUUACGAUCUCUAAUAACUACUUGACUCACCAUAACAAGGUGAUGCUUUUGGGACACAGUGAUUCGUACACGAGAGACAAGAACAUGCAAGUCACCAUUGCGUUUAAUCAUUUUGGUGAAGGGCUUGUUCAGAGAAUGCCCAGAUGUAGGCAUGGAUAUUUUCAUGUGGUAAAUAACGAUUAUACGCAUUGGCAAAUGUAUGCAAUUGGUGGGAGUGCAGCUCCAACUAUAAACAGUCAAGGCAAUAGGUUUCUUGCUCCCAAUGACCAUGUCUUCAAAGAGGUGACUAAAUACGAAGAUGCACCACAAAGCAAAUGGAAGAAGUGGAACUGGAGAUCAGAAGGUGACCUUUUCCUAAACGGUGCGUUUUUUACGCCUGCGGGUGGAAGAGCCUCUUCGAGCUACGCUAAGGCUUCAAGUUUGUCGGCUAGACCAUCCGCGUUGGUGGCUUCCGUCACGGGCAAUGCUGGUGCUCUCUACUGUAAGAAAGGAUCUCGAUGUUAAUCCCACCCAACUACUUAAAUUAUAUUCCAUCUAAUUAAACAAGGAAAAAGAUGUGUUGGCCUCCUAUGUCAAUUUUUAAUUUACCCUUUAGUUUUAUUAUGGGGGAGGGUUAAAGUUGUAAGUUGGAUUUGAUGUGGAUACUAAAGUAUUGUAUGGAUUCCCUUUGGACCAAUGGGUUUCUUAUAAACUUUUUUCGGAGUAGGGACCAGUGUCUGUUGUGGUGGGGAUGUGUACAACUGCUGCAAGAUUGUUGAUUAUA